AUGCCUCAGAAAGUCUACGUUACCUACAACCAGGUGCACAAGCUGUGCCAGAACUCCGCAGAUGAGAUCCUAAAGGAGUUCCACCCUAACCUGAUGAUCGCUAUUGGCGGUGGUGGUUACGUUCCUGCCCGUAUUCUCCGAUCCUUCCUCAAGCGCCCCGGUGACGCCAACAUCCCUAUCCAGGCCAUCGGUCUGUCCCUCUAUGAGGAUCUCGGCAAGGGCGAUGCUGAGGAGGUCCCCGGUACCAAGGUGACCCGCACACAAUGGUUGGACCUGAGCUCCUUGGAGAUGGCCAACCUGAUCGGCAAGAACAUUCUGAUCGUGGAUGAGGUCGAUGACACCCGCACUACUCUGGAAUAUGCCGUGCGCGAGCUGGAGAAGGAUGUUGAGAUUGCCCAGAAGCAGCUCGGCCGUGAGGGCGAGAAGACCAACUUCUUCAUCUUUGUCCUGCACAACAAGAACAAGGAGAAGAAGGGUGUUCUGCCGGCCGAUAUGAUGGAGAGCGGUCGUUACCACGCCUCCGUUACCACCGAGGAUGUGUGGAUCUGCUAUCCUUGGGAGGCUAAGGAUAUUGAUGAGCACGAUGCUCUGUCUAAGGAGAACCCUCUCUUCUAA